AUGGAAUCUACAUCAUCACCAGCUUUGACGAGACAGGGAACUGAUGUUGAAUUAACAAUGCAUUCAUCUACAAUUCGUCAAUUAAAAAAACUCAUAGCUGCUAAUUCAAUAAUUAUCAUUAUGUGUAUAUUGCAAUUUAUUGUACAUAUUUAUACUAACACGUCAAGUGCAAAAAAGAAACAACCACAUGAUAAAUGGGCCUAUUUUAUAUUUGAAAUGUUUAUAACAGCCAUAGCAUUAAUCAACAGUAUUCUAGGACUUGUAUUAGCUAUAAAUGAAAAACGAGUUCAAAACAAUUCACAAAAUCUACAUACUGAUGCCGUAAAUUCACUAGUAACAAAACGAAUUCUAUCGUAUGAAAGACUAAAUAAUGUUCAUUUAGGAAUGAAUUUAAUUUGUUUUAUAUUAUUUACGGUAUUUCUUAUUGUUCAAUUUAUUUAUUGGUGUGGUGGUCUAUUAGUUAUUGCACAACAACAAAAUGCCUAUCGAUAUUUUAGUAUGUUAUUAGUGUUAAUUAUUAUAUUAUGUUAUGUUGCAUGUUGUAUGUGGAAUAUGGUAGUGAAUUGGAGUCCAGUAUAUAAAUUUUCACGUUCAGUUUUGUUAUUUUCAUCUAUUUUUUUAACAGCACUCUCACUUGCUGCCACAAUAAUUAAUGGAAGAAUAAAUAAACAUAAUAAAAAUAAUGGAGGUGUUCCUCUUUGGUGUUUUCAAACUGAAGAGGGAACAGGUGUUCUUAAUCUUGUUUGCGGAUUAUUUGGUAUUGGUAGAAUAAUAGCAAUACGUGGUACAAAUAGACAAAAAUGUGUAAAUUCGUUACUUCGUGUAUAUAAAAUAUUUUGUGUUAUUGGUAUAUCAGCAGCUAUUCUUUUCACCAUUAUCAUAUUGUCUUUCUAUAAACAUCUUGAGAAACUUGAUAAUCCAUACGUAUACACAUUAAUUCAUGCUGAUCCUGUACUAUCUGUUUUACAGUGUAUAUUAUUACUAAUGAUUUUGAAAUCAGAACAAGAAUUUCAAACACCAACUCGUACAGAAUUAAAAGUUGAACGUAUUAAUUUGAGUACACAACCCGAGGCUCUAUUAAACCGUUGGGCGAUAGCUAUUGACUUAUAUGGUCGUCAAUCACCAGAUUCGAUGACGGGAGAGGCUGCUUUACAAUUGAUAAAAGCAUAUGAACAAAAUCAAAUUGAGAAUGUUACAUGUUUAUGCUUGCGUGUUAGUUAUCGAGACCGUAAGUAUAACAUCCCACAAAUACAGCAACCACCAUCAUUACAAUUACUCGAUGCAGCAGCUAUGUUACAACAACAACAGCAACAACAACAGCAACAACAACAGCAACAGGAACAACAACAACAACAACAACAACAGCAGCAGCAGCAGGAGCAACAACAGCAACAAUCAUCAUCAUCACCACCACUACCGCCACAACAAGGGGCUAAAAUGUCAACAUUCAGUAAACGUGAAUUGAGAAAAAUUGAAAGAAAAAAUUAUAAGAGAACUAUCGAAGAACCAGAAGUAAUUAAUCAAGCAAAUAUAAAUGAAAAUAGAAUUGAACAGAACCAUCAACAACAAUCAACAACACAAAUUGAAUGGGAUGAUACGGAAGCAAUAGUGCUUUUAUCAAUCAUUAAAGAAUACGACGCAACACUUAGUUCAGAUCUUGUGGGAACAUGCGGUACAAUAUUAAAAAAAACAUUAGGAUCAGGAAAUUGUACAAAACGUUUUCGACCAUUAGUAUUACGAAUGGGUUUAUUAGGAUUUCAAUGGCCAUUUCGAAGUGGUGUAUUCUUUUUAACACCAACACGUCGUCCGUUGGCACGUGCAUCUUCUGUAUUGCGCGCGAUUGUCGACUGGAAUGACGAACAAAAUUCAAAAGAUUGUUGUGAUUUACUGUUAUUACCAAUAAUGCAAACAGAAUUAAUUUCACAUUCUAUUCAUUCAGCUGGGUUUUUUCAUAUUCCAUUACCACCAAGUCAUAUUCUCGAUUUAAGACCACAUCAUGGUAAAAAUUGGGAUCAAUACAUGAGAACAUUGAAGAAAAGUAAUAGACGAAAUUAUCUUGCACAAUUUUUAAAAAAUCAUGGUACAAUUGAAGAAGUAAAAGAUCUUGAUAACCCAGUUGUUAGUCAAGCUGUAUAUGAAAAAUGGCUAAAUAUUGCAACUCUUCGACAAGCAAAUAAUGAACCACCAACGUUAGCACAACCAAAACCACCUUAUAUUGAAUGUUUAGGACGAACAAUGUCAGAUCAAUAUCGAUCUGUCGUAUUUUUACGUGUUAAUAAUGAAAUAAUUGCUAGUUCUGUACUAUUUAAAUUUCCUUAUUCCCUUAUUACCACUGAUAUUCAAGGUCUGGUACACGAAAAAGCUCGACCAGUAAAAGCUUAUUUUGUCAUGUUACAAUGGGUAAUUGAACUUGCACUAAAAGAAAAAUUUGCAUUUAUCGAUUUUGGACCAACAACAGCAUCACCAAAAAUGGAUCUUGGUUGUGCAUCAGUUCCUCUAUGUUCUGGUGGCUAUGCGGGUAAUCCAAUACUAGCAUUUGGAAUUCAGAAAGUUGGUAGCGAUAUUGAAAUGAUACAUGAUAAUAAAAAAUCACAAAAUAAUACAACAGUUGUACAACAGCAACCUGGGACGGAUGAAGUAUCUGAACAACCACCUAAAAAACCAAAAGCACAAAAAAAACCACCUCAGCUAAACAAAAUAUUAAAUUCAAAUCAAACUGAUAGUAAAAAGAAAAAAAAGAAAACUGACGAUAAUAAGGAUGGUCUAAUAGAUAAUGAACGAACGAUUGAAAUUGAAUCCGAAUCCCAAAUCAACGAAAAUUAA